AUGGCAGGCGAUGACACGCAAAAUUAUCUCUUCUCGUCGGCCAGCUCGACAAGAAGAAGCUCCGAGAAGCGCUCCGCAUCCAGCAAGCCCGACUCGAGAUCCCGCACCAGUUCCGACACAGACAUCAGCAGCAUUGGCGGAGUGCACUAUCCUUGCUUCGGCAAAGUUGACCUUGCGUCGUACAUCGCCGCUCGCACCUAUGGUUUGAACUUUCGGCGGCUACACGAUGAAUGGGUGGUGCUCGGGAGACCGGCGAUCAACACCAGCCACUGGCCUGUGCUGGCCGGUCAUCGUGGCCUACCCGCCUCGCCCAACGACUUUGUCGCUGUGGCCGAGCACUACGAGGGGAAGAUCUUCUCGCAGGUUGCGCUCGACAUGGCGGGUAAGCCUGCGGACCGAAAUCGACCUCUGGACGACUUCAUCAUCUCUAUGGUGGUGACUGCGGCGAUCGUGAACGCCGACUUUCUCAUACACCGCAUGGUGUGCGACGAGAUCCUGCGCGAAGAAGCCAUGGUGCAGCACGUCUGGCAUCGAUACUUCACCACAUUCCUACACGACGCCAUCCGACACUUUGCCCACGAGAGGACGGUAUGUGAUCGGCUGGGCACGCACAACUGCGUGGUGCCGCUCCUGUACGGACAGGCGUGUGCCAUGACAUUGCCCACGCUGAUUCAGACAUUCGACUAUCAGGUGCAGAUCUUUCAGAAUCUCUUUCCCAACUUCGGAGAUCACGUCAGCCGGUGUGCAUCUGCACAGCCUUCCCAGCGGCUCGAUGUCGAUGCCAUCAUCAAAGAGUACAUCACAAAGAUCGAGGGAAGCACACGCCAGGCAAUUGCGGCAGGGAUGGGCGCAUCCACAUCUGGACAGGCCGGGUCUUCUGGAAACACACAAAGUCCAUACGCAGGCAUGAUACACCCGGAGGAGGAUUCGCAAGCAGAGGUAGGCCCAAGUCGUCCGCGGCUGGCUGUCACCGUAGUUCCCGAAGAAGUCAAGGGACGCCCUGACCUGUUCGUAUCCGACAUCGACUCGGCCAUUCGCUGCGAUGUACCGCUCGAACAGGUGCUCAAGGUCAUCGACUCAAACAUGACGGUGUCGGCACCGUCUUCCACAGCUUCGACGCCCCCACCGAUCGCAGCGAUGACCUCCAUAAGAGCACCGUAUCACAGCAGCAGCGUCUCGUCAAGAGCUUCGUUCCCAUCCUCGGAUGCAGAUUGGCCGCUGCGCCGGAACGCCGAUCUGAGCGACUCGGCAGUGGAAGAGGGCGACGCAGACAUCGACUCGGCCAAUCUGAUGCUCCGACCACCUCUGCAAGGCCAAGCUCAGUGGCCGGUGGGCAUUUCGCGCCGAUCAACGUCGGAGGAGCACAACUCAAUCACGCCCGACGAGGCGAUGGCAGCGACGCAAACGCGCACGCAUAGCAACUCGGUGUACUCGUACUUUAGCUCGCUUCCUGCCACGCCAACCGAGCUGCUAUCGCCAGAUGGAGUGGUGUCGAACCAGGAGGGAGCGCAGUCGUACAUGGAUCGACGGCCUUACCGUUCCAAUUCGGGGCUGCUCGCGUCUACGUCAGCGGCACUCGAGUCGGACACACGCAAGAGGACGCGCGCGGAGCAGAACCGCGAAAAGAUGAAGGCUUACCACCGGCGAGUGAUGCAGCAGCGCGAAGCACUGACGACGGUGCUCGCGGAGAUGUCGGCACACGUCGGCACGAUACCCAUGCUGUCCACCCGCACCAAUGCUGCCGGGCUUCUGGGACUCUUUUCGGGCGAGGCGAGCGGCUCGGUAGGCGGGGAUGGAGCAUCCGGAUCUGGCAGUGCGAGCUCUGUGGGACGGAGUGCGCCGGAGUCGAGCUGGUCGGUGUCGCUUCGCAACAAGCAGAAGCAAGAAUCGAAAGCGCGGCUGCGCAAGCGCGAGAUCGACCAGGUGCACGAGCUGGGCCUGUACGCUAACUACGCCAACGCCACGCUCUCGCGCCCGGGAGCAGCAGGCACUUCAACAAGCCCAGGGUCACGAGGAGGGAGCGGAGCGCCAGGGAUGGGGGAUGUUCAAGGAGGCAUGUCGACGGCGUGGCGUCAGCUGGAGACGGCGCAGAUGGCCGAGGCGGACGCGCAGAUGUCUCAUGCAAUCCUGCGGGUGUUUUUGCGGCAUCGUCCGAGCUGGAUCGCGCUGAUUUCGGCGGAGCAAAGGCUAGCCAGCGAGGUGGCCAAAUUGUCGCCGCGGACCGAGGAUGGUGCGAGCGCGGUGGAUGACGGUUCGGCAGGCGACGGCAGCCCAGGCUCAGGUGCAGGCAAGGGGAUCAAGGCGCUCAUUGAUCGGGUCCAAAUGGAAGAGAGGGCAGGGACGAUGUCGAUGCUGUCGCCAGAUUCUGCGCACAUGCUCUCACGAGGGAUGAUGUCGGGCGCAGGCGUGAAUCAACCAGGACCGCUGCUUGACGCGAGCGGAACACCGCGAUAUGCAAGUCAAGGGUCGUACGGUGCUUCGGUGCUGCUGGACGCUGGAGCAGUGGUUCUGUCGCCUGGCAGGGAGUACGGAGCGACAGCGUCGCCGUCCGGAGUGACGCGGCCGAUGGGUGGAGAGGAGAGCGCGGACUACUUCAGCCAAGAGCGUCGAGCAUUGGGCGGACGGCAAGGCGAUUCGGCGGCUGGAACGCAGCGUGGGUCGGGCCCUGGCCACGGAGCGAUGUCGAGCAUGCUUCCUGCGCAGAGUGGAUUCAGCUAUGGCUUCUACGGGGCAGAGGCACAGGCGCGAGCGAAUGCACAAAGCUCGAUGGGCGGGAUGGCUGCCAUGUCGCCGCCUCCGCUGCCGAUGCAGUCGCGCAUGUCAAUGUCGUAUGAUGGGCGUGGUGGAUAUGGGGCGGCGACGACGACGUCGCGAAUGGAGCAAUCGCCCGGACUGUACCACGCGCAGCCGAUGCCGAUGCAACCGUACGCCUAUGGCCAAGCACCCUCGCAGCCAACGCAGAUGCCCGGCGGCGCGCACGGUCUCGCACAGCCAGGACCACAGCCCAUGGCGGACUCGAUGAUGGCGUAUCGCUCGAACGAGUCGACGGCAUCAUCGUACGCGACGAGUCAUCAUCAUCAUCAUCAGCAGCAGCAGCAGCAGCAGCAGCAGCAUCAAGCCCAGCAGCAGCAUCAAUCACACACACAGCCACAGCAGCCGCCCUCGUACGGUCAGCAAGGAGGCUACCACGCGCAAUAG